AUGACCCGGCGAACUUUUGCUUCUUCUCCGGCUUCGGGUUCGGUCGAUUUCUCGUCCUCGUCCUCGUCCGGGCACCGCCUCCGUCUUCGACUGUCUCGUCCGACAUGCCUCUUUCUGCUGGCGCUCCUCUUCCUCCUGGUGAUGGCCUCGUCCAUGGCCGUGGUGGCAGCCUACAGCCCGCUCUCGGACGAGGCACUCCGGCGGAUCCCGGCGGCCGGCGCCGACUUUGACAUCCAGAACGGGGCAUUGCUGGCGCCGAUCCUAGUGCCGCGUGUACCGGGAACGCCAGGCUCGCGGGCGGUGCAGCAGCAUUUUGUGCGCUUCUUCCAGCAGAGCCUGCCGGCCUGGCAGAUCCAAUGGCACAACACGACGGCACGCACGCCAGCCACGGGCGACCGCGAGGUUCCGUUUGCCAACCUGAUCUUCCGCCGUGACCCGCCGUGGGCAGCACCAGGUGACGUGGCCCGCCUCACGCUCGUCGCCCACUACGACACCCUCUACCAGCCCGAAGGCUUCCUCGGCGCCAUCGACAGCGCCGCGCCCUGCGCCAUGCUGAUGCACGUCGGCCGCGCCAUCGAUGCCGCCCUCACGGCCAAGUGGGAUGCCAUGACAGCGGCGGGCGAGGCUGGCAGCGGGCUCGAGGAGGAGCGCGGCGUGCAGAUCCUGCUGCUCGACGGCGAAGAGGCCUGGGUCAAGUGGUCCGCCACAGACUCGCUCUACGGCGCCAGGGCUCUGGCCGAGGACUGGGAAGCCACUCCCUACGAGGCCCUCUCGACCUUUCCCACGCCCUUGAGCUCCAUCAGCCUCUUCGUCCUGCUCGACCUCCUCGGCUCUGCCAGCCCCAAGGUGCCGUCGUACUUCCAGACCACCCAUUGGGCCUAUCAGCACAUGGCCGCCCUGGAAGAGCGCAUGCGGAAGCUCGAGCUGCUCGAGUCGCGGCCCCAGCGCAACUUUCUGCCCGAGGCUGCCAAGAGCUCUACACAAUUCGCCCGCGGUUUCGUCGAGGAUGACCACGUCCCUUUCAUGGCCCGCGGCGUCGACAUCCUCCACAUCAUCCCCAGUCCGUUCCCGCGCGUGUGGCACACCAUGGACGACGACGGCCAGCACCUGGACCCGUCCACGAUGCAGGACUGGGCCAAGAUCGUGGCGGCCUUCGUCGCCGAGUGGAUGGAGCUCGAUGGCUUCCUGCCUCCUGUAAAAAGGCAAGCAUCACGAGAAGCCAAGACAGAGUUGUGA